AAGCAGUAAGUUGUAACUGUAGAAUGAAUGCCGAGCAAAUACAUGGUUUACUUGAACGAGUAAAACUAGGCGAUAGGUAUCUCACUGACUUCCUGAGUUUAGCGAGGCAAUCGUUCUGUUCCGCGAGGCUCUGGCUGUAUGGGGAAGAGGUACCUGUGGAUAUCCCGUAUGAGGUGGAAUCGAAGGAGCGGAAAUCUCCGGAGGAAAAAAAGAAGUUUUCUCGAUUAAAAUCAAUAUCGGGUGCAGCUGUUGUUUCACCACUUGUUGUGCAGCGGAUAAUACGUGAAGAGCACGAACGAAAGGCUCAGUUAAAAAGGUUAGAAAGAGAGAAAAACAAGAAAGUUGAAGGAUCUUCGAAGGAUCGUUCUAGGAAAGGUAAAGAUGCUGCUGAGAUCUCACCAGAUGAGGAACGGAAGGCUCGGGCAGAAAGGGAAAAAAACAAAAGAAUGGAAGCAUCUUCAGAGGAUCCUUCUAAGAAAGGUGAAAGUGUUGCUGAGAUCGAGAUGGAAGAAGAAGGAGAAAUUAUUGUGGGAGUGUUCCCAAGCAGAAAGGAACAUGAGGCGGCGUUCACGAAGGAGAGUUGCAAGAAGCUUUGCACAGAGUUUUUUGGUUAUGUCGUAAUGUGGCAUGGCUCUUUAAAGACGCGCUUAACAGAACCCAAACUUUUAGAUAACAGUAAAACUUGCAGCUGUAUCGUGAAUCCGGCUUUGACUCCACUGGCUUUAGAAACAGGUCUAGACACGACAUUUCUUGAAGAUUUCAGGCAUUUUUACUGCAAAGGGCAGCUCUGGUUCUCAAAUACCGGAAAAACCACUGGGCUCUUCUACAUUUCCAAUCAAUAUGAUAUGGAUAGCACACAGAGGAGAAACAGAGAGGAGACAUUCAACGCGGCAAAAGCUAGGGAGAUACAUGGAAAAAAAAUACCAGCAAUGAGGCUCUUUGAAGAAGCAAAGGAACAGUCUGAAGCAAAACCUCAUCAGUCCGAAGGAAGAGCUCAACAGUCCAAAGCAGGAGCUCAACAAUCCAAAGCAAAAGUUCAAUCUCACAUGAUUCUCGUGGGACGCAUACAUAGAAAUUUGAAGAAAACUUUAACGAUUGAAUCAUGCCAGAAAAAAUGUAAUGAUAAGUUUGGUUUCGUUGCCAAUUGGUCCGGAAUUGCUCCUCCAGGCGCCACUGGUCACAAUCGUCCACAAAUGACGUGGGCACCUAUACAGUUUACCACGGCAACAGUGUCGGCUGAUGGAAAAGAUUGUGAGUGUUACUUUAAUCAAGAAGAAAUAUUUGCAUACCUUGAAGGGAGAAAGGAUGAACUCGACCUUGAGGUUAAAGAAAUAAAAAAUGCUCUCCUUCCGAAGCUCGGGCUUGACGAGUACUGCCAUGCGGUGAGGUAUUUACAAGAGGUAAAGGUUAGAAUCGUGGAUGCGAAUGCUAGGGAUAUUAUUGUGCCCAACCAUUGAAAA